AUCAAGACUAUGCUUGGUGGGUUUAUAAUUCACGGUUAUUUUGGACUAUGGACUUUGAUUGUUAAGUCUCUUGGUAUGAUGCUGGCUGUAGCGGCUGGGUUAAGUCUUGGCAAGGAAGGUCCACUUGUACAUGUGGCUUGUUGUUGCGGAAAUGUCUUUGCAAAACUCUUUCCCAAGUAUCGCAAGAAUGAAGCGAAGAAACGAGAGGUAGAACAAAAUCAUUUAAGUAUUUGCUUGAAAGUAUUGUUAGUUUUCAUGGUGCGACACAGUCAGACAGACAAAACUUUUUACCUGAGCGAUAACGUCAUUAGACAUUACCCAUUAUACCACAAUCUUGGACAUAAUAAUAAUAAAUAAUAGUUCAAAUUUCUAUAUGGCGCUGCUUUCUGAAAAGAUCAGAAAA